GAAAUCAAUUGAAACAGAAAUAAUAUCAGGUGUUGGGUUAAUUGUUGUUUAAUAUCUGUGUAGUGUGGGGAAGAAGACACCAAACCCAGUGUUCCAGCAACAGUGUCUGAGUUGAAUGAAUAAGAAGAAGAAUGGUGGAUGAUGAUGUUCCUCCUGCCGAUCCAAAAGAUUGGUCAAUGGUGGUUAUACACGAUGAUGAAAAGGACGCUUUCGUAUUUCCCCCAAUCAACCACGAAAAUCUGCAAAUUCCCCAACACUCUUCUUCAUCUUCUCCUUCCUCCUUUUCGUCCUCUGAUUCUGACUUGUGGACCCCCUCUUCUUCUUCUUCCUCGUUCGAUUCUCAGAUCAGCAAAGGCGGGGACUUUGUCGGAUGGAUGAGUAUUGGGGUUCAGAUAUUGCGUUCCAAACUUCUUGCCGCAUUUUCCUCUUUCCGGAACUGUGCCGCCGACAGAGGGACAAUUUGGUCAUUUUGGGUGCCCGCUGCUGCGCUUCUAAUGUCGUGCUGGGUUGCCGUGAAGAAGUGGAAGAGGAGGAGGAGGAUCCUCACACCCAAUGAAACUCGUCUCAUCAACAUUAUUAAGGAGAAAGAUGGGAAAAUUGCCCAGCUCUUGCACCAGAUUGCACAAAUGAAUAAACUACUUAUAGAUCGUCACAAAGCAUUGGCUGCUAAAGUGGUGGAAUGAUCGGCUAAAGGUUGUGAAUAGGGUAGCUAUUGACUUAUUGUGAGAGUUAAGUUGUAAAUUGACACCGAACUAAAUGUGAUUCUUAGAACAUGUUCCUACCACAGCAGACUGAUUGAAAAAAUAUACUCAAAUGCCAUGACAAACCUAAUCAAAGGAUAUGCUGAGGAAUGAGGUGCCAACGUUGGGGUUAUAUCAUUAAUCUGCAAGACUGGUGCUCCUCAAAUCCUCAUUAUUCAUGAAUGAUUCGUUUGGUGGGGAACCACAGAAUUAUGCAGGGAAGCUGGCAGAACACCAAUUGUAAUAAAGUUAACUAGGUUCUUCGUGCUCAGACAUUUAGCACAUUUUGCAUUGUUCAAGCCCGUCAUGUUAACUUAAUGUCCCAUCAUAUUUGGUUUAGCUUCAAAGUCUCAUUGGUUCGUUUGUGCAAAAGCUUAUACCUUUUGAAAUUUUAAAACCAUGGUUCAAGUCUAUGCU